GCAGUCAACCUAGCUUCAUUCCUAGCAAUAGAGCGCCCCGUUUCUGAAGUCAUGACUUCCUUCGGCUUUGACCCUUACUUUCCUUCUACUCACAAGAGGAGGGUAGUUGUGCGCAGUGCAGGAUAUGGAGCUGGAGGAGGAAUAGGAUCUAGGUCUGCCUACUCCAGCCACUCUGCCCCAAUGGCUUCCUAUGCAUCUUCUCGCAGAAGUUAUCCUACCCAUUCCCGAGCUACAUCCAGCUACUCCUCUAUGCUGUCAGCUCCAGUGUCUGCCGCUGCCACUGAGCUUCGCUUGGAACAAGCAGCCCAGGUUAGCUCUGAGUUCAAAGUCUUAAGGACCCAGGAGAAGGCUGAACUGCAGGACCUGAAUGACCGCUUUGUGAGCUUUAUUGAGAGGGUCCAUGAACUAGAGCAGCAGAACAAGUUGCUGGAGACUGAACUCCUGAUUCUCAGGCAGAGGCAGACAGAGCCAUCCAACCUUCGCACCCUGUAUGAGCAUGAGAUUCGUCAGCUCCGCGCUGCUGUGGAAGAGGCCCGCCAUGAGAAGCAAGCUGCCCAGGACCACAGGGAUGAGAUGGAGGAUGUCUUUACUAACCUCCAAAAACGCUAUGAGGAGGAAGUGCUUGGUAAAGAGGAAGCAGAGGGCAGGCUCAUGGAUGCCAGGAAGGGAGUAGAUGAAGCUGCCUUGACCCAGGCUGAGCUUGAGAAAAGAGUUGGGACCCUGCUGGAUGAGCUUACCUUUCUGAAGCGCCUCUGCGAGAGUGAGAUUACAGAGCUACAGGCCCAAAUACAGCUGAGCGCCGAGGUGUCAGUGGAGAUGGAGGUCAUCAAGCCUGACCUUUCUGCUGCUCUCCGUGACAUACGAGUCCAGUAUGAGAAGCUGGCACACCGCAACCUUCAAUCAGCCGAAGAAUGGUUCUGUAACAAGGUGAAUGUGAUGACAGUAGGCACUUCUCGCAACACAGAGAGUGCACGUAAUGCCAAAGAUGAGGCUGCAGAAUACCGUCGCCUCAUUAAAGCUAGGGAGCUGGACAUUGAUGCCUGCCGUGAGAUGAAUCAAGCUCUGGAAAACCAACUUCUGGACGUGGAGGAGAAACAGAGUGCUGAGAUCUCUGCACUCCAGGAUUCAAUUAGUCAAAUAGAAGAGGAAUUGAGGGCAAACAAGAAUGACAUGGCUCGUUACUUGAAAGACUACCAGGAUCUUUUGAAUGUGAAGAUGGCCUUGGAUAUUGAGAUUGCAGCCUACAGGAAGCUCCUUGAAGGAGAAGAGAACCGUUUCAAUGUCGCAGGCCAAGGGUCCUUCAACGUUUACUCCCAAAGCAUGUACACCGCUCCUCCAUCCUAUGGAAGAACACAGUUCUCCAUGCAGUCCCAGUUCACCUCUGCAGCUCCGUACAUGAGCUCUCGCUUCUACUCUUCAUCUCUGCCCAAAGAAGAGACAAUAUCCGCAAGCCAAGCACAGGAGGCGGUGGCAAGCCUGCCUCAAGAGGAAGAUGAAGAGCAACUGGAAGAGGAAGAGAGGAAGGAAGUAGAGGAAGAAAAGGAGGAAGAUCAGGGAGAAGAGAAGGUCCAGGAGGAUUCAGAGGAAGAAGAGUUGGUUGAAGACAAGUCUGAAGAAAAGGAGGAGGAAGAUCAGGGAGAAGAGAAGGACCAGAAGGAUUCAGAGGGAGAAGAUUCUGAGGAAAUCAAGUCUGAAGAAAAGGAGGAGGAAAAACAGGAAGAGGGAGAUGAAGAAGCAGAUGGAGAAGGAAUUGAAGAGGCAGAGGAUGGAGAAAAAGAAGAUGAGGGGGAAGGAGGAGAAGACACCCAGCCUCAAGAAGAGGAGGAUGCUGAGCAGAAAGAAGAACAGGGUGAUGACGAGGAUAAGAAAAAGGAGGAAGAAACCGAAAAACAAGACGAGGUGGAGGCCGAAGAGAAAAAUGGAGAAGCAGCUGAGAAAAAAGUUUAAAUUGAAAUGCUUUACAAAGUCCCUGCUAGCAUUGUAGCUGUAAGAUGUCUUCUCCGGUGCUCUAUGUGUACAUAGAUACCUCUCUAAUCCUAACAAAUUUUGAAAUUAGAAGACAUCGUGUUGGUGAAAUUCUCUGUAUUAACAACUUGACCAACAGCAUGUGUGCAAAAGCAAAGAAUGAAAACAAACUAAAGCUUAUCAAUAAUACUGGAUGUUCCCGGUGGGGAGUAGGAAUUCGGCUUGGAAGAGAUUUGUCUGCAAACACCUGUGUGCUUUACUUUCACCAAUAUAUGCCUGUACUUGUGCAAUACCUGGUUUGAAAUGCCUUACUUCAAGUCCUCACUUAGUGCUUUAAAUCCAUGAUGUGCUGCCUUCAAUAAAGCCUUGAAGCCUUGUCAACUCA